GAAAGAGAGCCCAGGGACCCCCCCACCCAAAACAGAGGCCCAUCUGGAGGGAAAAAAGCCAAGGGACGCUGCCAUGGGCCAAGCGCUGCAGGUGGAGCGGUGUGACCUCCGAGUGGCGGAGAACCACGAGGCCCACCGGACGGGCGCCUUGAGCGGGGGGCGCCUGGUGGUCCGCCGCGGGCAGCCCUUUGCCCUUCGCCUCCGCCUUUCUGGCCCGGUGUCUGAGAAACAGCGGAAGAGCCUCCUUGGGACCACUGCCGCCUCCCUCCUGGUGACCAGGACCGGAGCAGCAGGUGGGGCCCUGGAGCAGGCCUUCCCCAUUGGCAGAAGGGGCUCUGAUUGGGAGGCCGUCCUGGAGGCUCACGAUGACCUCGAGUGGACGCUGUCCGUGACCCCUCCGGCCGAUGCCCCCAUUGGGCUCUAUGCGCUGACCCUGCAGCUCCCCUCAGGGACCCUCGCCCCACCCUCACAGCACCCACUGGGCCACCUCGCCCUCCUCUUCAACCCCUGGAGCCCAGGCGACAGCGUCUUUCUGGGCAACGAGGCCCAGCGGCAGGAGUAUGUCCUCAGUGAAGAGGGGACCAUCUUCUGGGGUCUGGAAGAAGCCCCCCAAGGGAUCCCCUGGGAUUUUGGGCAGUUCUCAGAAGGCUUCCUGGACAUGAGCCUGGCCCUGCUGGACAUCAGCCUGCUCCGGAUGCCGGCCCAAGACGCCUGCGACCAGCUGAGGAGCCCCCUCCAGGUCUGCCGCCUGGUCAGCGCCAUGUCCUCUCUUUCUCUCUCCUCUCAGCUGAAUGGGGAGAAGCCCUUUCCGGUCCUGGAGGGGUGCUGGUCAGGGGAAUAUGGAAAUGGGACACCCCCCACCAAGUGGCCGGGCAGUGGACCCAUCCUGCGCCAGUGGCUCUCUGGACGAUGCCGGCCAGUUCGCUACGGCCAGAGCUGGACAUUUGCGGCUGUCGCCUGCUCAGUGCUGAGGAGCCUGGGCAUCCCCACCCGCGUGGUCAGCGCCUUCGCCUGGGCCCAGGGCACGGAGGGCAGCCUGCAUGUGGACGAGUCCUUUGACGAAAGCGGGGCCACGAUCCCUGGCGACUCGGACGCCCGCAUUUGGCUUUGCCACGCCUGGAACGAGUGCUGGAUGGCGCGAGAGGACCUGGGCCAGGAAUACAGCGGGUGGCAGGCCCUGGACACCACGCCAAAGAAGGGGCUGCAGAGCGGGUUGUUGUGCUGCGGAGGCCCCGCUCCAGUGAGGGCUAUCAAGGAGGGCCGCCUGGACCUUCCCUCCGGCGUGGGCCCCUUCUUUGCGGCCAUCAACUCCACCUGCACUGCCUGGGUCUGCAAGGCCAGCGGAGAGUCCGAGAAGGCCACCUCCGAAGUGAAGUUCCUGGGCAACUGCAUCAGCACCAAGGCGAUGGGCAGCGAGCGCUGCGAGGACCUCACCCAGCACUACAAGUUCCCCGAGGGGUCCCUUCAGGAGAGGGCCGUCCUGAUGAAGGUCUGCCAGGACACAGAGCCCCCUACUCUCUUCCCGCCACUGGAUGAGACAGAGGAGACUCCGCUGGCCGCCUGGUUCGAGUGCGAGAGCUCCCUGGCCCUGGGGGAGGAUGUGCAGGUCUCUCUGAGAGUGGCCAACUGGACCGGGAAGGAGCGGCCCCUGCGAGUGGUGCUGGGCGCACAGCCCCUCCAGGGCAACGGGGAGACCCUGGCCCAGUUCUGGAAGGAGGAGUUCAUGGUCACCCUCCCGGACGGCCAUGAGAAAGUGCUGAGCACCACCCUGCCCUUCGUGCAAUACAGCCCGGCCCUGAGAAAGGGCAGCCUCCUGCUGAAGCUCACAGCCCUCCUGAGGGAGAUCCCUUCCGACUCGGACGCCGGCCAGAGCAGGCGGGCCCCUCUCCUGGCCUGGCAGGAAGUCCUCCUUCGCCCCCCAGAGGUCACCCUCCAGAUCCCCAAAAGCCUGACGCAGUUCCAGCAAACGGAGGCCACGAUCCAGCUGCACAACCACCUGCCGGAGCCCCUCACUGGCUGCAGCAUCACUCUGUCUGGGCGGGGGCUCAUCUACAAAGAAAGGAGCUACAGGAUGGGCUCCGUCCCCCCGGGGGGCUCCCUGCGCCUCCGCUUGCCCUUCACGCCGACCCUGGCCGGAGACCGAAGGCUGACCGCACGCCUGGACGCCCCUGGCUUUCAGCACCACAGCUGCGCCAGUGUCACCCGGGUCACGGCCCCUUAAACCACCCCACAAACACCAUUAUGGGAGCAAUGGAUGGAUGGACAGACAGCAAGAGAGACUGAGAUCCCUUUGGCACUAUCUGUACCACCAGCACCCAUUAUGGCACUAUAGAUGCACAUCUGACACACCCCAAUGUAGCACCCCCACCUCCAAUUAUACAUUUCCAAAAUUGCUGCCCCCCCUCACCCAGAGCUAUAUAUCUAUUUUCUAUACACAUAAUAAAAGUGAAAACCUGUAUGUGUGUAUGUGGCACGGGUGUCCAUUUACGCAGACAGCCUCCCACCUCCACAAAAACCCAGUGCUGAGGAGUCACCAAAGACUUCCCUCCAAGGACAUUGCAGGUUAUAGUGAACACCACAUCCCAAUGUUCCUUGCUUUCUCCAUUGAUGUGGAAUUUGCAUGACUCCACCCACUGCUUCUCCCUUAACCCUUUCCUAUUCUUUUCUAUGGCGGACAGCAACUGAACAUACUAGAGAGGUUUGGGGAGAAUUCACCAUAAUUUAUAGGAGUUGUAGUGUUAGGGAUUCCUCUUCUUCAGAAGAGGAAGGGCAGCAGCAAAGUGUGCAUAAGUCAGAGAGGCACUUGGAAUCUGAAAAGAUUUUUCAAGUACCCACAUUUCAGGAAAGGCAAAAGGAACAGGAGCAGAGACGUCGUCCAGCUAGACUAGCUGCCAGAAAUGCAGCUGAGUAAUUGGGAACCGCUCUAACAGCUGUGAGGGGACUCAGGAUUAUAAAGCAGAAGCAGGUGCAGUCAGUAACUAACUGACUCUAAACCUAAGCCUUGGCUCCCCUUGUGCCUGCUUCAAGUCUGCAUCUGGGAAACUGCCCCCAAGGAUUUAUUGCUGUUUCUUUGUCUGAAGUAAGACUGCUACUUGAUUUGGGAAUUUAUCAGGGACUACGAACUGUGCUUGCCCUAAGACUUCCUUGCUUCAUUUUGCAUUAUUCCACUGAGUGUGCUGUUUAUGUUUUACUGAAGUAAAGCAGUUUUCAUUUA